ACCACAACGCAGCAAUGGCGGCUGUAACCUCCAGUAGACCGUACCAUAUUGUUGUUUUCGGUGCUACAGGGUUCACCGGACAGUUCAUUGUGGAAGAGGUCGCCCGGUGUGCUGCAGAGAGUCCCGGUAGCUCUCUGAAGUGGGCCGUGGCCGGGAGAAGCAGACAGCGUCUGGAGGACGUGUUGAAACGAGCCGCGGGGAGGCUGUCAAUGCCAGAGCUAAGGACAGAUAUUGAAAUCAUUGUGGCUGAUGUGUCUAUCGAGGAAUCGCUUGCUAUCAUGUGCCAACAAGGCCUGCUGAUUCUCAACUGUGUGGGACCUUACAGGUUUUAUGGAGAACCAGUGGUCAAAGCUUGUAUAGAAAAUGGAGCUCACUACAUAGACAUCUGUGGGGAGCCUCAGUUCCUGGAGCGCAUGCAGCUAGAGUACCACACUAAGGCGUUGGACAGAGGAGUGUAUGUGAUUGGCAGCUGUGGCUUUGACUCCAUUCCUGCAGACCUGGGUAUCCUCUACACACAGAAACAGUUCAAAGGAACACUGACCGCUGUGGAGAGCUUCCUGACAAUAAGCAGUGGGCCUGAGGGCUUUUCUGGCCACGAUGCAACUUGGCAGUCUGCUGUGUAUGGUUUCUCAGACAGUGGAUCCCUCCGCCAGAUGAGGAAGAAGUUUGGCCACCAGCCGCUGCCUGUGAUCGGGGCCAAAGUCAAAAAGAGGGGGUUUAUGUUUUUCAGUAAGGAGAUCGAGCAGUAUGCCAUCCCAUUUAUGGGCUCUGACCCCUCGGUAGUCAAGAGAACCCAGCGAUUCCUUUACGAGGAGGAACAGCAGUCACCAGUCCAGUACAGCGCCUACGUUGGGAUUGGUGGCCUGUUCUCAGUAGUUAAACUCCUCUGUGGCGGCCUAUUCUUCUGGUUCUUUGUGAAAUUCAGCCUGGGCAGGAAAAUCCUCACCACGUUCCCAUCACUCUUCUCCUUUGGCUUAUUCACAAAGUCUGGUCCAACCAUUAAGCAGAUAGAAGACACCUCUUUCAGCUUGACACUUUUCGGGGAGGGCUACUCAGAGGGUACUGAUCCCACACAGGGCCGACCCAACGCUAAGAUCUGCACUCAGGUCAUGGGAGCAGAGCCUGGUUACGUGGCUACAGUUACUGCUAUGGUACAAGCAGCCGUGACCUUGCUGAAUGAACUGCACUCUCUCCCCAGGAGGGGAGGCGUGUACACUCCAGGAGCUGCCUUCUAUAAAACCAGUCUCAUCGACCGUCUCCAUAACCGCAGCAUCAAGUUUUCCAUCAGAAACUACCCGUAGCCCCUGGAAUACUCUCACCACCUUCCACUUCCAGUAUAUUGUUUUGGUUCUGACGUCCACUGGAGAUGUGCCUGACCUUUCAUCCAGUCAUCAUUUCAGCUUUCACCCUGACUGAGACUGUAAAAUCCCAGAAUCCUAAAGCUAUUGCUUUCUGUUUAUUGGUUAGUCAACUAAUUUACUGAUUAGUUGAAUAAUCACAUUAAAAACACUAGUUUUGGAAUGAUACAGGACUGUUCAGCAGCUAGACUGAGCCUUCUAGCACCCUGUCAACAGUAUCAUCUAUGUUUUCUAAUCUAUGAAUGUAAGAGAAAAAAGAGUGAAAUUAAUUUAUGCCUUUUAAGUCAAUUUAACAAUUGUGGGGAAAAUGUGUAAUACAUUAAGGACAUUAUCUUGAAGAUAAAGUCUGGAAAUAUAUAUAUAUAUAUUUUAAUUAUUAUUAUGGUCAACACUUUCAUUGAAAAGACCAAAAACAAAAAUGAUUGUAUCCUACUAACAAGCAUCUGUGCAUCUAAAGCCUAAUAUAUCCUAUUCCUCUUAGCCAUAGAGCUCCAUUGAUUUCUGAAAUCUAAAAACACAACAGCAAAAUGCUGCAGAGACGACAUAUUUUUGUAGGCCAACCCAGAAGUUAAGAUCCACAAACAUCCAAUGGGAUUUGUCCAUUGGGUUUUGGAUUGUUGUAGAAAAUAAGCUCUGUGUCAAACAAUAUGCUCACGUGUUUGGUUCAGUUAGAUGAUCUUCACCAAUUAACUGUUUAUUUUUAAGCAUAAAUGUUAUUCCCAGGAGUUAAAAGCAUGAGCUCAGUGUCCUGCAACUGCCUUUUUAAAGACACAUGGAAGCUUCAAAAUAAGAAAGGUAUUUACUCCCUUAUUUAAUGGCAUAGAACAAAAUGUAACAAUCUUUGAAUGUUGCAUGAGCCACAGACCUUAUUUCAGGCAUUCUAACCCAAAAACCAUUCUAACACACAUCGACUUUGAGACAUGGAAACUGGAGUGUGAAAAUGCUAACUCAUUUCAGGGUUUUAGGACCUCUUUGUAAAACUCCAUGAGCCAUACUGUUGCAGAGCCAUGUUCCUUUGUUACCGGGAACAUCAUUCACUUCACACUGUAGUUUAUUUGAACUCAAUCACAGUCUCCUGCUGGGGAAAUCAUUGGUCUUUUCAUCUGAUUUGGUGAGACCAGUCUUAUAAUUUAAAAAGUCCUUUUUGGUCUUUAUACUUAAUAAUCACAGUAAAUGCACAAAAGAAUAAAAACAUAUCAUUUGUAA